AUGGAGCUGAAGGCAGCCGUCGGAUCGUUCAUCAAUCUCAAUGCCGUGAAGCGUGUGAAGUUAGCUUCCCAAUCUCCUCGUCCCACCUACCCCCCCACACCCCCCUUCCUCCUUUCCCUUUCCCCCCUUCCCCCUCCGCGCCCCUCCGCCCGUCCCUCCCCACCAAGUGCCGGCGAUGAUGGAGCUGAAGGCAGCACUGACGCCGUACAUCAACCUCACGUCGUGAGACUGCCGGCGAUGAUGGAGCUGAAGGCGGCACUGACGCCGUACAUCAACCUCACGUCGUGGACGGCGACGAACCCGUGCUCGUCGUGGUGGCUCAUCACGUGCUGGACCAACGGGCUCGUGCGCCGCAUGGACAUCAGCUCCAAGGCCAUCCAGGGCAACCUGCCCUCCGUCAUCGGCAACCUCACCAGCCUCGAUGAGUUUUUUGCCACCACGAAUUGGUUUAAGGGAUCCCUCCCCGACUCGUUCAGUCGACUCACAGCCAUCAGGAACCUGCAGCUGUUCAAGAACUACUUUGAGGGUCCCAUCCCCAGUUCAUGGGGCAACAUGAAGAACCUCGUGCAGCUGCACCUCAACCUCAACUACUUUUCCGGCGGGCUGCCCGACACCUUCUCGCAGCUGACCAACAUGCAAAAAUUCUAUGUGUCCAGCAACUUGCUCAACUCCUCCUUCCCCACCGUCGUGUGCACCAUGAAGAACCUGCGGGAGCUUCGCCUCAGCUACAACCACUUCACUGGCUCCGUGCCCUCCUGCCUCAGCCAGCUCUCCUACCUCUACUAUCUAUACAUCGACACCAAUAAGCUCACCGGCACUCUCCCUGCCACCAUCGGCGACCUUCCUGCCCUGCAGAACUUGUUCAUCAAUCAGAACAGCCUCAACGGCCCUCUGCCUCCAACCAUCACCAAGCUCACCAACCUGCGCAUCCUCUUCAUGAGCAGCAACCCCUACCUGGAUGGCCCUCUGCCAUCAGACCUGGGCAACAUGGUCAGCCUCACGGACUUCGUGAUGGAGUUUGCAGCCUUCAAUGGCACCAUGCCUGAUUCCAUCACCAAGCUCACUCGCCUCUCCCGCAUUCUGAUGGACAACUGUCGCUUCACGGGCUCCAUCCCACAGGGCAUCAGCAACCUCAAGGCGCUCACUGUGCUGUAUCUGGAGGGCAACCGCUUCCGUGGCAGCUUCCCCGCUGGCCUUCUCACUCUGCCCAAACUCAACCUGCUCAACCUACACGACAACCAGUUCUCGGGCCCACUCCCUUCAGGCUUCUUCAACGCCACCAUAGUGACCACGGGGCAGAUCAACAUUCACCACAACUACUUCAACGGCCCUGCCACCGUCGUCGCCGGCAGCUCUCCCUUCUGCCCCAAGGACCAGACCCGCAACGGCAUCUUCUACCAGUCGUCCCUCGCAUACAACUGCAUCAAGUAUCCCGCCACCAGUGCAUGCGCGCUCGUGCCCAGGGUCGAGACCCAGCUUUCGCUCACCACUUGCCAGGCGUUCUGUGGCGCUGACGUGGCGCCGUGUGGUGGGCACGGCACGUGCUGGUUUGGGGUUGGGCGGAGUGUGUCGUGUGAUUGUGACCCGGGGUAUGUGCCCACCUUGGAUGGGCUGUCCUGUGUUGCGGACACCUCUGGCGUGGUGGUCUGA